AUGUCUGUUUCGUCUAAAGACAUCCAAAAACAGCUAAACAGGAUCGGCUCAUACAUCGAGCAGCUCUCUAAUCUAAUAGAUGAGCGUUCUCGUCUCGUGGAAGUUUUACAGCUAACUCCUUCUCAAUCCGACAACUUAGACUUGAUUAACUUGCUAGCAAAGUUGAAAUCCAACUUGCUUUUUCUAGAGUCAGACAUUUCAGGAUCUGCAGAGAAUUAUGCGUCCAAAUUCUCGGAAGUAGUUGACCGUUACAAAGACCUUCUUGAGAGAUUAGAAAAGGACCCAUAUGUUGAGAUUGACGAAUACAAGUUUAGUGGCACAAUCAACCACGCAGGCGAGCUCACAAAUAAAAAGUCAGUCCGCUUCAAAGAAGGCGGUGAGGGUGACUCCGGAAGUUCCGGCAGUGCGGACGACUCGACUCAACUUCGCAACCAGCUUAUGGGUACUUCUGCAAACUUUAAACCUUAUAGAGACGAAGCUGAGGAAGGAGAGGAUGACCGAUUAACGAUUCUGUCAGUGAAUACAACGAAUGAGGAGCAUUUUGCACAACAUCAACAACAACUUUUAGCGCAAGAUGAGUCCUUGGAUAGGCUUCAUGACCUGAUUCGCAUUCAACACUCGAUGGGUCUUACAAUCAAUGACGAACUUGACGAGCAUCUUGUGAUACUCAAUGAUCUUGAAAGAGGAGUGGAUUCGGCCUCCAAUAGACUUACAAGGGCCACUAAUAACAUACGCCGCUUCAGGCGUAGAAUGAGAGAAAACGGGAGUUUGGUGACUAUCGUUAUUUUAACGAUUAUUUUGAUCUUGCUUUUGGUUGUGCUCAACUAG